AUGGAUCUUCCAAUCUGCGGAACAUGUGGUGCUCAGUACAGCUCUUCAUCGGUGAAGUCCUGCAAAAUAUGCGACGACCCUCGACAAUACGUUCCUCCUCAGGGGCAAUGGUGGACAACCUUACGCAGCCUGCAAGAGUCAGGAAAAUAUCACGUCUUCCAUGAAUAUGAGCAGUCCGGGCUUGUGAGCAUCGUCACUGUUCCAGCGGUAGCAAUUGGACAGCGAGCAUUUCUCUGCCGUACUCCCAGUGGUAACGUCCUCUGGGACUGCAUCAGCUACAUCGACAGCGAGACCGUCCGCCAUAUCCAGGAGCUCGGUGGGAUUCAAGCAAUCGCUAUUUCCCAUCCUCACUUCUACUCCACGGCGAUCCACUGGGCGGAAGCCUUCAACUGUCCAGUCUACUACUCAGCAGAGGAUGAGCAAUGGAUCCAGCGUUUCCGCGACGGUGGCCCCUUGAGGGUGACUGCAGGCUCAAAUCUUCAAAGCCAUACUGGAACUCAUCAGAUCCUAUGGGAAGGCGAGCAAUUGAGCCUUCUCGACGGCAAAAUUAAGAUCCUCAAGGCCGGAGGACAUUUUCCGGGAAGCGCGGUUUUGUUCUGGGAAGAUGAGAAGCGGUUGCUGGUUGCUGACACUAUCAUGGUUGUGCCCAGCGGCGUCUACCACGUUGAUAGACAGCCAGGGACGACUUCAUAUACCUUUAUGUGGUCAUAUCCGAAUCUGAUACCGCUCUUCCCAGAUGCCAUCCAUCGCAUCUGGAAAACAGUGGCGCCGCUCGACUUUGAACAUGUGCACGGCGCCUUUAAUGACCGCGAGACUAUCGGCAAUAGUAAGAAGAGAGUCCUUGAAAGUGCCCAAAUAUAUGUAAAGGCCAUGGGAUACACCGACCACCCUAUCCAUAGGGAGGCUAUAUAG